UGGAUCUCACAUCUUCAGUAUCCCCUUGUCUUCAAGUUCGCCCUCAAGUUCCCGAGGACUUAUCCAGGGAGAAUCAAAAUUUAAGUAACGCAAUGAGAGUGGCUGCGUGGCUGAUCGUCUUCAUUGUGUGCAUCUUGCGCAUACGCAGUAUCAGGUCCCGCGACUAAUUCUAGAGUCCAGGCUGUGUCAGUGGCGUACAUGCAGCAAGUAUAUAAUAUUUUUAUGCGAGCGAGAGACAGCUGGAUUCUGCGUCUACCUCUUCUCUUCUGAUGCAUCAUACUCACUCCAAAUUCGUGCACUACACAGUCAUUAUCAUCAGCCAGAUUUUCAUCCUGGCAUUUGGAUACGGAUUCCUUGGUGCUGUUGCUUACUAUGAGUACCUUGCUCCAUCUGAUUCAGUCUGCGAGACAAUGAAGAACCAUCCUGGGGAGGUAACAAUGCUAGUCGCAUUGAUAGCAACUGUGCUAUCAGUCAUCACUGCUACCCUUUUCACGCUGUCCGUCAAAGAGGCACUAAGACAUCGAAUAUGCCAGCCCAUUUCCCUAAUUCAACUGAGUGCUGGUGUCGCUUUAGGCACAGGGCUCUCAUAUUCUCAGCCAUCGACACGUGGAAUUGACAGUCCUGACGUUGUUUAUAUUUGGGGUGCUGAAGCUCUUAACGGCCGGAUGAAUGGUUCCGAAAUUGACAUAACUGGAAGCGCAUUUGCCACCUUGCUUCAAGAAGAAUUCCUGGCAAGUGGUCUCAUUACCGAGUGGUCUGUGAAAUGGGAUAACGAAGUCCAGAACGAUGCUUUCGAAGUUCUCGAUAUCGGUGGGAUGCUCAGUGGAGUUGCUGCUGCAGGGUUUACCUUCGGUCUUCCUGGGACAUUCAAUUUUAAUGGUGCAAAAUAUAACAUAUCCACUCAGGGGGUCGUACCUACCAUUGAGGCAUUUUCCGGCUCGGAUGGAAUUCCAGAUGCUAAUGGUACUCGUCUCGGGUUUUCCGGUGGAAAUGUCACGGUCAACACAGGAGUCGUACCCGGAUUACACUCCGGCGUACCUAUUCCUCAAGGUUUCAGCACGAACUACUCCAUGUGGCAACAAGGGUUGACAGCGAAUGUCAGCUGCCAGGCCAUUGACUCGAGUCAAACGCAGUACCUUUGGAACACGAACAACUCUGAUGUCAUCUAUACCAACCCAGCUGCUUCGAGCAACAACUUCAUUGCUGGCCUUCGCUUGUGGAAUAUCAGUGUAAACUGUGGUACCAAUACCUCGACAGCGUACGAAUAUGUGACCAUGGUGGAUGCAAAUGGAAAUGGAAACUUAUCAGGGAAUGGCUUUCUUCCAUCUGUUGUGUGCCUAGGACCAACGUAUAUGAACCAAAAUUAUACAAGCUUCACCAUUUUUACGCAAGGGUUUUACAAGUAUGAUUUCCUUAAAGCAAGCGUGUGCGAAGUGGUUCCCCUGUUGACCAGAGUCCGCGCCGAUUACUCCAACGAACAAAUUUCUUCUGAGGUCAUCUCAUCCACUCCUUUCCAGUCAGAGAAUGCCGAGCUACUGUUAUUUAUCGCUGGAGUUGCCAGGUAUCAGUCGAUCAACUCGCAGGGACUUACGAGCAGCACCAUUGGGGAUACCCUGUACUCUACCUAUUCUUCGACUACUACUGAAUACGUCAAUAACAAUCUCAAUGACACGCAGGUUUACCUUGAGCUUGAGGAUUACUGGCGUGGUGUUGUUGAGUUUUCUGCCACAGUGAGGUUGCUGUUUCUUCGCUCCGGGUUCAUGGCUACAGGCAGCUUCCCCGAUAAUAUCAUCCCGAACAACCUCUCUUCCCCAAUCAACGGGACCAUGUUCAUAUCGACGAUAGGCUGGACUCGCUGGACUAAGAACUCGCCGACGUAUCUGCUCGCUACAGUGCCGCUCACCAUCAUCACCAUCCUCACUUUCUCCUGCGCGUUGUACAGUCUUCUGGAGACUUUGGAAGAGCAUCGAAACCACACUCACAAGGCCCACUUCAAUGUGUCAAAUACAAUUCAUCUCGUUAUGCUAUGCGCUGCCGGAAGUCUCAAACUGGCAGAUUUCGGCAAUCGCAAGGGGAUCAAGAAAAAUGAGGUUGUGAAGGUUCACCUGGAGGAUCUCCACUCCCCCCGGCUUUCAACUUGA